AUGAAUAGAGAGACAAUAUACAACGCGGGUCUUCACUUCAAUGAUAUGCCAGAAACUAUUAUUUCUGGCAUCUUCUUGUGCAUCGAAGACACUCGCACGCGCAAUUCCAUGUCGGUCGUCUGCCAUAAAUGGCGAGUUCUUGAACGUUUUUCUCGUUCCUCCCUCACUCUUCGAGGAACCGUUCGCGAUCUCUUCCUUGUGCCCACUUGUUUCUGUAGAGUCACUCGCCUUGAUAUUUCUCUUCUUUCUCCUUGGGGAUACCCUCUCUUUGAUCCCACGGCUCCCCCUUCUUCCUCUCACCUUCUUGCUCAUCUCUUGGGCAAAGCUUUUCCCUUGGUCGUCUCUUUGACUUGUUACGCAAGAAACCCUUUUGCCGAUUUGCGUUACCUUGCCCCUCAAUGGCCUUGUUUGAGCCAUGUAAAGCUUGUUCGUCUCCAUCCCCGUCCUCCUUCUCUCUCUCUUGGUCAUGAGUUUGUUCCCUUGUUCGAACAUUCGUCUUCCCUUUCAUCUCUCGACCUUUCUGAUUUCUAUUGCUGGACAGAGGAUCUUCCCCAGGCUCUACACGUGUUUCCCUCUAUAUCGGCCUCUCUAUCACAUCUCAAUAUCCUAACUCAUUUUUCCAGUUCUGGUUUCAAGUCCGACGAGGUUAUAGCCAUCACUGAAGCUUGCCCUAAUCUCAACGAGUUUCUAGCGACUUGCUCGUUCGAUCGUAGGAUCACUGGUUUUGUCGGGAACAAGGCUUUGCUGGCCGUUUCUUUGAAUUGUCCCCUUCUCCACGUUCUGCACCUUGUUGACAUAUCUUUGUCCAACGCCAUCCUCGGAGUUGACAGGUUUGACGAUGAAGGAUACACGACACAAGACUCGCUAUUAAGUAAUUCCUCUCUUGUUCAAGUCUUUAUCCACCUUCCUUUGAUUGAGGAUUUAGUUCUUGAUAUUGGCUAUAAUGUUCGAGAUGUUUGGCAAGCCUUGGAAUCACUUGGUUCCAUGUGUCCUGGCCUCAGUUCCUUAAAGCUUGGAAAUUUCCAUGGAAUUUGCCGUGGAAUUGACGCCAAGCCUGAUGGGAUUGUGUUCUGUCAAGGGUUAAAACAUUUGUCCAUAAAACACUCUGCCGAUCUAACAGAUUCUUGCCUUGUAGCAAUCGCUCUCGGCUGCCAAAAGUUGUCGAAAUUUGAGGUCCGAGGGUGUAAUAAGAUUACGGAAACCGGGUUGUCUAAAUUCAUGUUUAUUCUGAAGAACAGUCUGACUGAUGUAAGGAUCUCUAAAUGCCAGAAUCUGAACUUUUUUUAUUCCCUCUACGCUUUGAGACUGAUCCAAGAUCGGAUUCAAAGGUUACACCUUGAUUGUAUUUGGGAGAUCGAUGGACAGGUUACAGAAGAACACGCUGUAUCAGUUAGAUCUAGGACAUGGGCUAAACUCCAAUACCUUUCUCUAUGGAUUCCGAUCGGUUCACCAUUAAAUCCGUGGCCUGUAUUGGGUUUAAAUGACUGCCCAUCUCUAGAAGAGAUUCAUAUAAAAGUCGAAGGAGACUGCAGGCACUUGAACAAACCACAACCCGAAUCUUUCGGGCUUACUUGUCUCGCAAGUUACCCCAAUCUCUCAAGACUGCAUCUAGAUUGCAGCGGAGUUAUCGGCUAUGCCCUAACCGCUCCUCCAGGUCACACCGACUUGAACAUAUGGGAAAGGUUUUACCUCAAAGGCAUCGAUAAUCUGCGGAUAGAGACGUUCGAUUAUUCGCUGCCUCAUGAUCCGGACAUUAACCACAGAAGCUUAUCCCUUCCUGGCGCUAGUCUCAUAUCGAUGUGCGUCAGCAUGAGGAGACUUGUGAUACACGGAACAGUUAACGAGCAUUUGAUGAUGUUUCUGUUGAAGAUUCCAAAUCUGAGGGAUGUUCAGAUCCGACAAGACAGUUAUCCGGCGCCGCAGGACGAUGGGUUGUCGUCGGAGAUGAGAACUGCCUCUUGUCUUCGGUUCGAAGACGCUCUUAACAGACGCUUUGUCCUCGAUUGAUACAUUUUAAUUGGAUCGUGUGCUUAAAUGAUAUAGUUUUAUGACGUACAUGUAUUGAAUCAUCGUC